GACAUGAGCCAAUAGAUCCACAAAACCCCUUUAUAAGCACAUUACCUCUAGAUACGGUACACCUGAAAGUGUUGCGCUACCUAACCUAAGCAUGUCUUACGCACCACCCCCGCUCCCAAGGUCCAAGGCAGAGGAACCGGAAGGCUAUCGAUGGACCUCCGAUGAAAUUAUAAAAAAGUUGCCUGAAUCUGCAUCGAUACAGGGCAAGGUGUUCAUUGUAACCGGUACAAACGCUGGACUUGGAGAAGAGACCGCCCGAGUCCUCUCAGCAUAUGGAGCUACCGUGGUCAUGGGAUCAAGAAAUGAGAGCGCAGCUAAAGAAAGCAAGAAGCGCAUCAUAGCUCGUCACCCUAAAGCAUCUCUUAAAUGGAUCUUUCUUGAUCUUUCGGAUUUACAGUCAGUAAAAGAUUUUGUCAAACAGUUUAAGGCAUUGGGAAUUCCACUCAACGGCCUAAUUUGCAAUGCCGGUAUUAUGGCCUGCCCUUAUGAGACCACCAAACAAGGGUUCGAAAUGCAAUUUGGUGUCAACCACUUGGCUCAUUUCUUGCUCAUCCAGCUACUUAUCGACGAUUUGGUCAAGGCUGGCCCAGGUAGCAGAGUGGUAUGUGUGUCUUCAAAGGGACACCGAUUUAGCGGGGUCCGCUACGACGAUAUUGGAUUCGAAGGUGGAAAAAAGUAUGACCCUUUUGAAGGAUAUGGACAAAGCAAGACUGCCAACAUCCUCUGCGCGAAAGCUUUCAACGAGAUUUACUCUAAGCAAGGUGUUGAAUGCUUCUCCCUACACCCAGGCAUGAUCCCAACUGAGCUCUCCAAAAAUAUGUCACCUGAAACUAGAGACACAAUGCUCAAAGGAAACAUUCCAAACCCUUUUAUGCGCACGUUUGUGAAAGGCGCUAUGAUGAUCCAGCCAUAUAUCAGGCCACUUGUUGGAACGCUUAAACCAAGCUGGAUGAAGACCGUGGAGCAAGGAGCAGCAACUCAAGUUUUCGCUGCUACGUCCCCUGAAUUAAAUGGCAAAGGUGGCGUUUAUCUUGAAGAUUGCCAUAUUUACAACCCACUAACUGAAGAGGCUGCUGAUGCUACUGGAGAAAAUGCAAAGCGACUCUUUGCACUCAGUGAAACCCUUGUCGCUGAAUAUAAAUAAUUUACUAUGAAAAAAAAUUAUCGUAUGGUUAUUUUUAUUUUCUAGAAAAUGAUAUCCCUCCCUGAGGUUCUAAAGGAAAAUAAUAAUAAAAGAAUGUAAGUGAGCAGGAAAAAAACCUUAUAAUGCCCAUAUUAAGCCACCCAAACCAGUGAGAGUGAGAUAGAGCAGAAUGUAAACUGCUAGCCACAGUUUGGAAGAUUGUUUUGAGAUAUAAUGCGGAAAGCAGA